GCGCAUGCGUGGUGUGCUGAGUGGCGGGAUACCUGGAAGUUUUCGGCCAGCCGAGGCAAAGGUGGGAUUAUGGCUGCUGCAAGUGCUUCUCCAGGCGUUUCUCUGCGAGAAGCCACUCAGCGAAAGUUGCGGAGGUUUUCAGAGCUGAGAGGCAAACCUGUAGCAGCUGGAGAGUUCUGGGACGUUGUUGCAAUAACAGCAGCUGAUGAAAAACAGGAACUUGCUUAUAAGCAACAGCUAUCAGAAAAGCUGAAAAAAAGGGAGUUACCCCUUGGAGUUCAAUAUCAUGUUUUUGUUGAUCCUGCUGGAGCCAAAAUUGGAAACGGAGGAUCGACACUUUGUGCCCUUCGAUGUUUGGAAAAGCUAUAUGGCGAUAAAUGGAAUUCUUUUACCAUCCUAUUAAUUCACUCUGGUGGCUACAGUCAACGCCUUCCAAAUGCAAGUGCUCUGGGGAAAAUUUUCACUGCUUUCCCUUUUGGUAACCCCAUUUAUCAGAUGUUAGAAUUAAAGCUAGCCAUGUACAUUGAUUUCCCCUCACAUAUGAAUCCUGGGAUUCUAGUUACCUGUGCAGAUGAUAUUGAACUUUAUAGUACUGGAGAAUCUGAGUUUAUUAGGUUUGAUAAGCCUGGCUUUACUGCCUUAGCUCAUCCUUCUAGUUUGACUGUAGGCACCACACAUGGAGUAUUUGUCUUAGAGCCAUUUAAUUGUUUAGAACGUAGAGACCUUGAAUACAGGUGCUGUCAUCGUUUCCUUCAUAAACCCAGCAUAGAAAAGAUGCAUCAGUUUAAUGCUGUGUGUAGACCUGGAAAUGUUUCUCAGCAGGACUUUGCUGGGGGUGACACCACCUCCCUUAUAUUAGACCGUGAGUAUGUCUACACAGAUAGCCUGUUUUACAUGGAUCAUAAAUCAGCAAGAACGUUACUUGCUUUUUAUGAAAAAAUAGGCAUACUGAACUGUGAAAUAGAUGCCUAUGGAGACUUCCUGCAGGCUUUGGGACCUGGAGCAACUGUGGAGUAUACCAGAAACACAUCCAAUGUCACCAAAGAAGAGUCAGAGUUAGUAGACAUGAGGCAGAGAAUAUUUGAUCUUCUUAAAGGAACAUCACUGAAUGUUGUUGUUCUUAAUAACUCCAAAUUUUAUCACAUUGGAACAACCGAAGAAUAUUUGUUUCACUUUGCCUCAGACAGCAGUCUUAAGUCAGAGCUUGGCUUACAGUCCAUCGCUUUUAGCAUCUUUCCAGUGAUACCUGGAUGCUCUGAUAACACAUCCUGUAUCAUUCACAGCAUACUGGAUUCAAGCUGUUCUGUAGCACCUGGCUCCGUUGUGGAGUAUUCCAGAUUAGGGCCUGACGUUUCAGUUGGAGAAAACUGCAUUAUUAGUGGUUCUUAUGUCAUAACAGCAGCUGUCCUGCCUGCGGAUUCCUUUGUGUGUUCCUUAAGCUUGAAGAUGAAUGGACACUUAAAGUAUUCAACAAUGGCAUUUGGAGUGCGAGACAAGUUGAAAAAGAAUGUUAAAACAUUGUCAGAUAUAAAGUCACUUCAGUUCUUUGGAGUCUGUUUUCUGUCAUGCUUAGAUAUUUGGAACCUGAAAGUUACAGAAGAUCUGUUUUCUGGAAACAAGACAUGUUUGAGUUUGUGGAAUGCUCGUAUUUUCCCGGUUUGUUCUUCUCUGAGUGAUUCAGUUACAACGUCCCUAACGAUGUUAAAUGCUGUACAAAACAAGUCACCAUUCAGCCUGAAUAACUACAAGCUGUUGUCCAUUGAAGAAAUGCUUGUUUACAAAGAUGUAGAAGACAUGCUAACUUACAGGGAGCAAAUUUUUCUAGAAAUUACUUUGAGUAGAAAACAGUCUGAUUUAGCUUAAAUAUUGUAUACCAAAUACAGUCUUCUGUAGACUUUUUUUUGUUUCAAUUAAAUGAAUUAAUGAAAAUUAUAUAUUAAUUGCUGUAGCAUAACAUUACUAACAAAAAUACAGAUAAAUCAUUUUUUUGAUAAAAGAAUUAGGAUUUCAAGGCUGUAAGUUAAAAGAUUUUUUUGGAUGUUUAUCACUUCAUUUUUCUUUCAAUAAGAUGGCAUGUGGAACAUUGUUUUGUUACAUGAUACUGUAGUAAUUUUAAAGGUAAUUUUCUAAACAUACCUGUAGAGUUUUUCCAUCUUCUUGGUUUUGGUUCCAACAAAGUUCCAAGUGUUUAUUGGCAGCUCUUUCCUUAAACUUAGGAGCCCUAUUCAGAUGAACUAAUCAAAAUGGCAUUCUGUAGGGUCUCCAAAGCACUGUGGGAAUACUGCAGAAAUAUUUUUUCAGAAACAAAUUCAUAACUGAAAUUUUCAGAUUAAGUCUGCUUAAAAUACUGUGAUUGUCUGAAACUGAUGAAAAAAAUCUGCCUCAUUUAUUGAUCUUAUCAAAAUGAAAAAAAAGGUAUAUGUGUAAUUUUAUCCUUAUAAACUUGAGCACGUAUUUGUGUAUCUCAAAAAUGUUUCCUAAAUUUUCAUCCAUAGGAAAACAUACACAUGCACAAAACUCAGCUAUCUAUGUGGAGGAGAGAGUAGGAAUAACUGAGAUUCACUGAUAAUCUUAUCAAUUCAUUUGGGACAUUACUUUCAUCCUCUCUUAUUAAUCCCUUAGAACUGUUAAAUUACCAGGUGGACGAUUUUACUUUCUGUUUUUUAUUUCCUGUCCAUUCACUCAUGGAGCAGUAAUAUAUAGCCAAAAGAUAGGCAGCAGGAAGGAGCCAGAAGAAUACAAAGACUGAGAAAAUAUACGGAUGAUAAACAGCUUCAAGAAAAUAAAAAUUGGCUGAAUCCCAAAUUAUGCAUCCCUAUUUUGGUAUAAGCACAUAUGUGAAAUGUCUUCAUAUACAAGUCUGAUGAUUAGAUAAAAUGCUUGUCAGAGUUCUGUGUUUUCACAUUAAUAAACUGAAAUAAGAAUGGACCUGUGCCACUUUAUUUAUAUAUUGGCCUAUCCAUAUGAAAAUAGUAAACCAGAAAUGACUUGUCUGCAGCCCUCAAUUAUGAUAUUUGUGGGGUUUUGUUUUUUCUUUUUUCAAGAUUCUUUACAGGAACAAAGUGAAGAUAUAUGGUUGCUAUUGCUUAGCAUUUACUGAUUUACUUGCACAGCUUUCAGAGGAUAUGAUGUGUUUAUCAUGUAUUAAAUGUUCAAUAUGGUAUCUAAGUCUAUAAUCUUUAUAUUUCAUUGUAUAAUCUAAAGUGCCAUGAAUUAUUGAGUCACCAUUUUAUGUGCCACUGAACAAGAAAACACUACCAAUAAAAUAUGACUCUGCUUUCUUUGUUA